UGCGUUUCUGUCACCUGUUAUCAACAGAUAAAUCGUUAAACUGUUGUUGUUUUUUCCGAGUGACGGUUACUUUCUUAAGGGGAUCGAGUUCAAAAUUCCUUAAGUAGUGACCUGAAUGCUGUUGUUAUGAUAAAAUACGCGGCCGACCCCUAGACCAACUGGUCCUGAAGGCGCGAGACAUUUUGAGGUUUGAAGAUAAUGAAAUCCAAAGGAAGUUCUUGGAAUGCUGCUCUUUCCGACCUCUCAUUACGGCCGGCGUAAUCGGGAAGGCCUCACGGAAACUCUGCGUAAACUUAUCACAGCCGUGUGCCUUGGAUUAAAUUUUGUUUUUUCGGGAAGAUCGGCCCAUUCUCGAUUAAUUUUGCAUCUCGCGGGAAAAGUUAAACGAAUGGGCAAGUGCAGAAGAAAAUGCCUGCACUCAAAGCCUAUAGCAACCCAACGAAUUUUUUUUAUUUGAUUUCAUUUCCGGUAGCUUUGGUCGCGCGUCAAUCAGUCGGCGUUUUCAAAGGCAAGAGGGUGGUCUUGGCUCUUGUGCGAAACAAACUGCGCGGGUAUAACUGACAAUGGAUCACGUGAGAGCCAAUCACAACGACGCUACUAAGUUGUAUUAGUCAAUUAGCGCAGAGCCACACGAUAGUAAAUUUGCCAAUGAUUUGUGUUGGAGACAACAACAGCGUAAACUUAGCAUAGCGCCUCAAAUGCGAAUUAUUGCGAUUGGGGAAAGGAAGAGGAACUUAAAACUCCCACGCUUCUCGCUUCAUCGACAUAUUGGGAAAAAAUUCCAAGGCGAUUACAACAUCUCAAGGCGGGGUCCUAAAAAUUCAAAGCGCACGGGCAAAGGUUUCAUUCAAGCGUCGCGCGCACGGCACUAAAAUUAUUUUUCAAGUGCGCGCACCAUGAGUGAGCCUAGCACGGGAACAGAUGAAACCAGCGCUAAGGACUCUUCGACGGAAGGAACACAGGAAACGGUGAACGAACUUGUUCAGGAUGAAAAGCCGUUGUCUGCAACGGAAGUGCCCAGGAAAGGCAAACGAGGAAGGCCGCGAAAGAACUUUGCCGAGAAGCCUGAGGACGAUGGUACACCCGUGAUAAAAAGACCCAGAGGGCGACCGAAAGGCUCCAAAAAUAAAAAUCCCAAGCCAAAACCAGUUCCAACAGGACCAAAGAGGCCAAGAGGAAGACCUAGAAAAUGGCCUCUUCCUGAUGCAUCUCAACCAAAAAGAAGCAGAGGAAGACCAAGGAAGAAUGCAAAUCCAACUUUAGAACUUCCAACCAUGGUUAAUACCACUACAGAUCAAACAUUGACCAAUGAUACAACAGCAUCUGUGACGGCACCAAUUGCAACUGACAUUGUUCCACCAGAUGAUCUAUUUAACAGUGAUGACAUUGAUUGACUGUGUUGUUGACAGAUUGACUAAUGCUUGUGUGUUCUUGAGGUUGGAAGGUAUAAAAGAGGUGUGAUGAAAAUUGGACACCAACAGUGUUAUUUUGACUCAGUGGUGUAUGGAAAGUAGGCUAUCAAAAGUAUAUAUAUUUAGCUAGAGAGCAGUACAUUAGAUGUUAUUUUGACCCAAGUAAAUAUAAAACAUUCAUAAUUUUAUUACAAAAUUUUCCAUUACACCAAAUAAUUUUAUCAUAGUAAUUAUCCUACAACUCUGCAACUUAUGCACUACUGGUAAUGAUGCAAUGAAAUUAAUAUUUGUAUAAAGUAAAAGUUAUAGUAUAUAAUAGUUUGCUGCAAAGCUCUGGAAAUAUUCCACAUGCUCACUUGCUAAGCUAAUGGCUGAAGUAUAAAAAGAUUAUGGUUGACAUCAGUGUGGUGUCUAAAAUAUCUACUUAGAUUCUUUGGGAAUCUUAAUGUGUUUGAUGUUAUAUUGAUUGUCAAGUUCAUUGACAUUUGAGCAAAGAUGCUUGCAUUGCAAAUCUGCCAGAUGUGAUGCUGUUAGAAUUAAAAUAUUUGUUGUGUAUUGCUAUACCAUGUGUACAUAUUUUAACGUUUUGAAAUUAUAAUGAUAAUCAUUAUCCAUGCAUUCUGACAUAGAAGUCUGAUUUUUACUUUGGAGCAAUUCCAGUCUAAGAGGAACAGUGGACCCACCCCUCCCCUAAUCCAACAGCCGUUAACUGAUAACAACUUGGGGUUAAUGUUGGGUUAGGGGAGAGGUAGGUGUGCUGUUGCUCAGAUACUGACAUUGAUUCCUUACUUUUAACACAUACAUGAAUUCAAAUUUUUCAGUUUUGAAAUUUAAAGUAGAACAUUAAAAAAUUUAGUCAUCAACAGUUUUUUUAAUUAUUAAUCCUGAUGAAGUGUGGUGGCCAUACCAUUACAAGUUCAACUGGUAAAACAAGGUGAUGAUUGAAUUUCACCCUGUCAUGUUCUAGCCAAUGGUAUGGCUUCAUCAUGUUUUAUCUGCAGUGAAGUUUAGAAGGUCUUUAAAAUGUCCACUGUCCUGAUUCUUUAUUAGGUAAAAUGAAAAUUUUGCAUCAAUGGUAUUCCAUCGAUGUCAAGUCACUUCUAGGAGUUAAAGAGUAUACUUAAAACUUGAAACUAUCUGUUACAGUUGGGUUGUUUUUGUUUGCUUGUUUGUUUUGUGUUUGGUUGCACAAAAGGUGACUAACAGUACUUGAAUGUCUUGUUUGUUAAGUACUUUUCAUAAAAGUUAAGUAGGCCUUCUAAUGGUCAAAUGAGUUUAAACAUAAGUGUUUAUUGUUAGCUAAAUCAUUUUCUGUCAUUGAUUUUGCUGUACUUUUCAAUAGCGAAUUACCAUAGAAGUUUAAAUUCAAACUAAUGUUGUUUCCAAUGGCCCACAUUCAAUAUUAAUAGUAUAUUCUCCUCUAAAAUUGUGUUUAGAAGAAGACAUGACUUCUCCCAUAUUCACACCAAAGCUUAGACAUGUUUUUAAGCUGUUUUGUUGACCAUGAGUUAACAACUUUUUUUUAAUCCAUUGAAGCUGCUUGCACCAAUGUUUGUGGCCUUCAACCAUACCAUUUUCAAGUUGGUGAUUACCUGAAUCCUCAAGGAAAAUUCAGUUUUUCAGUCCUCCGUUUCUGAUUUUCAUUCAGUUAAAACCAGUUUAACUAAAAUGUUUUGCUGGUGUGAAUGGGGUAUGAUGAAAAAAUAUAUAUAUAAAUAUUGUGAAAUAGCAAAUUUUUUCAACUUCUAUCAAUUUCUUUAUUUUCAUAUAGCUAACUUAAAACUUUCACCAUACAAACUCCAGAAAAGCUAAACAAACUAGUAAAUGCAUGGAAGGAAUUUUUAUUUCAUUAUUUAAUUUUUUUCCUUAAUAAUGAUCCCCUGUGAGUCCUGACUGGGUAAACAAAACAAUCUAAUGUCCCAGCUUCUUGUUCUGUAGCACAGAUCAAAAAGAAGGAACAAACAAAUUUGCUUAUUAGAACACAGGAAUGGGCCUUGUUUAACCACACAUAUUAAAAUUGCACCUCUUGGAAGUCUCUAAAAUGGUCAUUACAUGGUAGCAUUAGAGAAGUGAUUUUGAACUCAUCUGAGUUUGCUUGUUAUUGAAAAGCACAAGAGAAAGCAUGUUUCCUAUUGAAAAGGUGACCUUGUUGUUAAUUCUUCCAGGUUUUAACUUUGUUAUGUAAAACCAUACAAAUAAAUGGAAAAAAAUAAAAGCCAAAAAUAAAAACCA